AGAGCGCGGUGAUGGGGGUUGGUGCUCGGCGCGCCUGAGGUGGCGGUAUGGCGGCGCGUGCCCCCUGCACCUGCUGCGGCCGUUGGGCCGCGCCGUAACGGCCGGCGGGGCGGUGGAAACGGCGGGGUUGAGCGUGGCGAGGGUGUGCGGUGCCGCCUGCUCUUGCUGGGGAUCUGGUGCAGUCCCGUCCCGGGACGGCGGGAGCGGGAGGGCAGUAUCAGGGGACUGAGAGUAGGCAGCUGCGAUGACUCUUCAGGCGAUGGUGAAUGAGGCAGCCAGCCUGCAUCCCGAGAGAAAAGCGGUUUGGUUUGAUGAGUGCAAUGGCAGACCUCCAGCUUCCUACACGUAUGCUACAGUAGUUAAGCUUGCCGUGGAAUUAACAGCUUUCCUUCGGAAGCACUGCGGUCAUCGAGGAAAAUGUGAAAUAGGUCUUUACUGCUAUCCAGGAGUAAACUUACCGUCUUGGAUCUUAGGAAUCCUUCAAGUUCCAGCUGCCUAUUCUCCUGUUGAUCCAGAUACACCACCAAUAUUAACCACCUACUUCAUGAAGAAAUGCAAUCUUCAAUAUAUUCUUGUUGAGAAUGACAAAAUAAACAAAUUCAAGAUGUCCCAUGAGGGUUGGUUUUACCACAAUUCUUCCAUAAUAGAGCAUCUUGGUUUAACUCUUUUCCAAAUUAGCUGGAGCAAUGCUGAUAAAAGCUCCCAGCUAGACAAUGUAAAAAGUAAAUAUGAACCCUUCAAAGCUAUAGGUAACUUGCAGCCAGAUAAUACUGUCUGCCCAGAUCAGCUUGAAGUAAAAACAUCGAAAGUGGGAUACAUGGAUGUUGGCCAGAAGUACUCUCUAGCGUAUGUCUUGCAUACAUCAGGAACUACAGGGAUCCCCAAAAUAGUCAGAGUACCUCAUAAAUGUAUUGUGCCAAAUAUUCAACAUCUUAAAUCCAUAUUUGAUAUCACAAAGGAUGACAUGCUGUUCCUGGCUUCUCCUCUAACAUUUGACCCAUCUGUGGUUGAAUUGUUCACUGCUCUGACAAGUGGAGCUUCUCUCCUUAUAGUACCAAACACCAUUAAAAUGAUGCCUGUGAAGCUAUCUGCUGCUCUAUUUCAUCAGCAUCAUGUGACAGUGUUGCAGACAACACCAACACUUCUCAGAAGGUUUGGAGCUCACAUUAUUAAAUCCACUGUGUUGUCCUCAAAUACUUCGCUCCGUGUCUUAGCCCUUGGAGGUGAAGCAUUUCCUGUACUGAAUCUCUUGAAAAGUUGGAAGCACAAGGAGAACAAAACAAGUAUUUUUAAUCUGUAUGGUAUUACUGAGGUGUCAAGUUGGGCUACUUGCUACAAGAUUCCUGAAGAGGUUUUUAGUGCUGAUUUUCGAAGUGAUUUCCCUGUACCUUUGGGUUCACCGCUCCUUGGAACAGCAGUUGAGGUCAGAGAUGCCAGUGGUUCUGCAGUUGUAGAAGGCGAGGGACAAAUAUUUAUAGGUGGUGAAGAACGAAUCUGUUUUCUGGAUGAUGAAAUAACUGUACCCUUGGGCACAAUGAGAGAAACAGGGGAUUUUGUAAGAGUGCAGGAUACAAAGAUGGUCUUCCUGGGACGGAAAGACAAUCAGAUUAAACGUCACGGCAAACGUUUUAAUAUUGAAUAUUUGCAGCAGACUGCUGAAGAUCUUUGUCAGGUAGAAGCUUGUGUAGUAACCUGGUACCAGCAAGAAAGACUUAUCUUGUUUGUUGUACCCAAAGACAAUUUCAAAGAGAGAGAAACUCUUAAAGAACUUCAGAAACAUCUACCAACUCAUGCAGUCCCUGACGAGCUUGUAUUGAUUAAAGCUUUGCCUUUAACAUCACAUGGCAAAGUUGAUAGGUCUGAGCUGAACAAGAUUUACCACAACCAGCUAAACUCCAGAAGAUGUGACAGUAAGCUGAGUGGCGCAGAGGAACUGUGGGAAAGAUUGCAGUAUUUAUGGAAGUCUGUUCUGGGUCUCCUAGAGGAUUCCACAGAAAUUUCUAAAGAUUCAGUAUUUCUCUUCAGUGGUGGAGACUCCUUAAAAGCUCUAAGAUUUUAUGAAGAAAUUGAGAUUCUAGUAGGCAGAGCUGUCCCUGGACUCCUUGAAGUUAUUCUCAGCUGCUCAAUUGAAGAAGUUUAUACGCAUAUUCGUAAAACUCUGUUUCCAAGUGAAGACCAAUUGAUGACCUGUGACAAUACUAUAAAAAGAAAAUUAAGUGAAGACAGUGGAGAAGAAUCCUGUGGAAAGUAUGUUAAACUGAAAUCUGAAAGAUAUUUUGAAGUUGCUUCUGGGUUAAUUUCAUUUAUUGCAGUGAGCCGAGGAAAUCGAUUGUUUUCUAUGAAUUCCUCCAAGUCCUUUAUGCAACCCAAUGAUAUGGUGCAGAUAGGAACAGAACUGAGACAGCUGCCAUCCUUUCUGCAUUUCUUGUCACCAAAUGCAAGGAAAAGCCAAGAGCAAGAGUAUGAAAUGGAAAAGAGCAGAAGUUUAGCGGUUAUCGACAAGGCAAAUAUAACAGACACUUCUGCUACACAGCCAAACUAUGCAGAAUGUAAUCCUGGAACAAUGGCUAGGUUGACAUUAUGCAUAAGAUGGAAGUCAAAUACAAGAAGAUGUGUUGAUGCGUCACCAUUGGUUGUCAUACCAUUUACAGAUGAAGUAUCUGCAUCUGUAUACGUUGGCUCUCACUCUCAUACGGUGCAGGCGAUUGAUCUAGAUUUGGGAGAAAUAAAGUGGGAGAGGAACCUUGGAGAUCGUAUUGAAUCUUCUGCCUGUGUGUCUAAGUGUGGAAAUUUCAUUGUUGUUGGCUGUUAUGACGGCUUAAUAUAUGUGCUCGGAAGCAGUGAUGGCAAAAUACAUUGGACGUUUGUCACAGAGGACGCUGUGAAAAGUUCUGCGGUUGUAGAUCCUUCCACUGGAAUAGUCUAUGUAGGAUCUCAUGACCAACAUGUAUAUGCUUUGGAUAUUUAUAAAAAGACAUGUAUGUGGAAGAUCCAUUGCGAAGGUGGAGCUGUGUUUUCUUCUCCUUGUCUAAGUUUUUCUCCACACCAUCUUUAUGUUGCUACACUAGGAGGACUACUAUUGGCUGUAAACCCUGCAACAGGAAAUAAGACUUGGAAAAGCUCCCUGGGAAAACCACUCUUCUCCUCUCCUCACUGCAAUGAGAAGUAUGUUUAUGUUGGAUGUGUGGAUGGAAACUUAUAUUGUUUUACUCAUUCUGGAGAAAAGGUUUGGCAGUUUUCCACUAACGGACCAGUGUUUUCAUCUCCAUGCAUCUCAAGUUUAACUAAGCAAGAAAUAUUUUUUGGCUCCCAUGACUGCUUUAUCUACUGCUGUAAUAUGGAAGGUAAUUUACUGUGGAAAUUUGAAGCCACUUCAAGUGUAUAUGGAACACCAUUUGUUUUCCAAAUUGAUGACUUAAAGAACAAAAUUCUUUUGGCAGCAGUAUCUACAGAUGGCAAAGUAUGGAUUCUGAAUGCCAAGAGCGGAACAGCAGAAGGAGUAGAUAAGCUCCCAGGAGAGAUUUUCUCUUCCCCUGUAGUAUGGGGAACAAAGCUUGUUGUGGGCUGUAGAAAUGAUUAUGUUUAUUGCCUAGAUUUGUAUGCAACAGGAAAAAAGAACAGCUAAAAUGUUAGGCUGUUUCCUUUUUAUUGUUUACAUUUGUGAAUUAAGAACUUGCAGGUUCUGUCUACUUCUCUA